AUGGGCCUAGAUCUUGAUGCUUGCAUUUCCCAACUGCUUCAAAAACAACUUCUCGAUGAAUCACUUCUUAAAGAGAUUUGCGAAAAAACCAAAGAGUUACUAAUGCGUGAAAGCAACGUAAUUCAUAUUUCCGCACCUGUAACAGUUGUUGGUGAUAUUCAUGGCAUUGAGCACCCUUAUAAAGGUGAUUCUGUCGAAUGUUCACAAAACAUUCGCCUUGUUCGGUUUCCUGCAGGCGAUUACGUGGAUCGAGGACUAUUUAGCGUGGAAACCAUCUCGUUACUGACUUGUCUUAAGUUACGCUAUCCUGAUAGAGUACAGCUUGUAAGGGGAAAUCAUGAAUCAAGAGCAGUAACUCAAACCUAUGGAUUCUAUACUGAGUGCGUUAGGAAAUACGGUUCUACACACGUCUGGAAUUACUUCACAGAUAUGUUUGACUUUCUCACAUUAUCCGUGGUGAUAGAUAACAGAAUAUUUUGUGUUCAUGGUGGACUCUCGCCAUCCAUACACAGCAUAGACCAGAUAAAGAUUCUUGAUCGAUUUAGAGAAAUUCCACACGAAGGCCCAAUGGCUGACUUAGUUUGGUCUGACCCUGAUCCUGACAAAGAUGAAUUUGCCAUCUCACCAAGAGGUGCAGGUUAUACCUUUGGCGGACAAGUUGUUAAAAGAUUUCUUGAGAUUAAUCAAAUGGAGCAUAUCCUACGUGCUCAUCAGCUAUGCAUGGAAGGAUUUCAGGCAUUCGGUGUUGAUGGACAAAGAUUCUUCAAUGUGUUCGAUGCUGCUCCAGAAAACGAUAGAGAUGGCCCUUCUCAGCAGAUGUCAGUUGAAAGAAAA